GCCGCCGUCGCCGUCAAGGCCCCAGGGAGCGCGGGGCGCCACCGCCGCCGCCGCUUAUCCGCUGGGGUCAGUCUCCUGGGCUGCGCCCGGGUCGGCGGCCGCGGCGGCUGAGCAGCGAGAGCCGGGAGCCGGGAGACGCGCUCCGCCGAGAGUUGGGCAGGGCAGAGCCCGCGCCUUCGCGGCGUCAUGGGCCCCCUCCUCGGGCCACAGAGGGCACCAGCCGCAGGAACCCCCGGGCCUCCUCGCGGCCGAGCCUGAGCGACCCCCGGGUUCUCCGGCGUCCCCUUCCUCCGCCUUAUUUUCUUCCCUGCUCUCGCUGCUGCUGCCGCUUCAGCUCUCCGUUAUGGCAACGGAGCCGCCAUCCCCUCUCCGGCUUGAGGCGCCCGGCCCCCCAGAAAUGCGGACCCCACCGGCGGGCGAGACCGCCCGCGAGGGCACCCCGAAGCCGGCGGGCGGCAGGCUCCGCUUCCUCAACGGCUGCGUGCCCCUCUCGCAUCAGGUGGCCGGGCACAUGUACGGGAAGGACAAAGUGGGUAUACUGCAACAUCCAGAUGGCACAGUUCUGAAACAGUUGCAGCCACCUCCAAGGGGUCCAAGAGAGCUGGAAUUCUAUAAUAUGGUAAGUGAGGUUUAUGCUGCUGAUUGUACUGAUGGUGUUCUUUUAGAGCUACGAAAAUAUUUGCCAAAAUAUUACGGUAUCUGGUCACCUCCCACUGCACCAAAUGAUUUAUACCUAAAACUGGAAGAUGUGACCCAUAAAUUUAAUAAGCCCUGUAUAAUGGAUGUAAAGAUAGGGCGGAAAAGCUAUGAUCCUUUUGCUUCAUCUGAGAAGAUUCAGCAACAGGUCAGCAAGUACCCAUUAAUGGAAGAGAUUGGGUUCUUGGUGCUUGGCAUGAGGGUUUAUCAUGUUCAUUCUGAUAGCUAUGAGACACAAAACCAGCACUAUGGAAGAAGCUUAACAAAAGAAACUCUAAAGGAUGGAGUCUCCCGUUUUUUUCAUAAUGGAUUCUGCUUAAGAAAAGAUGCUAUUGCUGCCAGUAUUCAGAAGAUUGAGAAUAUUCUGCAGUGGUUUGAAAGCCAGAAGCAGCUUAACUUUUAUGCAAGUUCAUUACUGUUUGUUUAUGAAGGUUCAUCUCAGCCAACUACUGCAAAAUUGAAUGACAGAACUUUAGCAGAAAAGUUUUUGUCCAAAGGACAGCUCUCAGACACAGAUGUACUAGAGUACAAUAAUAACUUUCAUGUGUUAAGUUCCACAGCAAAUGGAAAAAUAGAGGCUUCAGUGGGCAAAAGCUUGUCCAAAAUGUAUGCUCGUCACAGAAAAAUGUAUUCAAAAAAGCAUCACAGUCAGACUUCGUUGAAAGUUGAAAAUAUAGAGCAAGACAAUGGGUGGAAAAGCAUGUCACAGGAACAUUUAAACGGAAACGUACUUUCCCAACUGGAAAAAGUCUUCUACCAUCUUCCCACUGGUUGUCAAGAGAUUGCGGAAGUAGAAGUGCGAAUGAUAGACUUUGCUCAUGUGUUCCCUAGCAACACAAUAGAUGAGGGAUAUGUUUAUGGGCUGAAGCAUUUAAUUACUGUACUGCAGAGUAUUUUAGACAAUUGAAUCCUUUGCUGCGAUCUUUUAAAGGGGUGGGGCAAUCAUAAUGAAGAGCGGCAGUUAAUAACUCUGCACUUGUAAUGCUGUGUAAAAAAUUUGUAUUGUGAGUCUACAUUUUAUUUGUCUUUAUACUUUUGGUAGAAGGGUUAACUUUUUUAUAAUCUUACUCAGGAAAACUAAUUAUUUGUUCUUUAGAAAACUAUAAAGAAUAAAGAAACUUAGGAAUGUUAAGCAGGGAAUGUGGUGGUACGUGGCUUAAACAUCUAUUUGGCUUAAGCAAAAUGCAAACCAUUAUUCAGUCAUUACGAGUUUAGUUAGCUUUCUGUAGCCAAUUUAUUGUGAAAUCUCUGUCCACCCACCCUUGACAAUGAGCCAUAUCUAAACUCAUUACAUUAUUAGAACACUUUCAAAAAUCUAGAAAGCGCAGGUUGAUAUCCUUAGUAUUGCUACGUAUGAAGUUAUUAAAACUGGAGAAAAUUCUACAGAAAUAAGUACUGUUUAGGUUUUAUAUUAAAAGUUCAGACCAGCAUAUCAAAAGGUGCUUCUUAGAAGUAAAAUGAUUUAGAAUUAUUGUAUUCCAAAAGCAGAUUUUCCCUUUAAUUUCCAUUUAUAUGCAUAUUUCAAAAUACUUCUUGAAAAAGAUCAUUGAAAUGGACAACAACAACAACAAAAGUCUGACAUUAAGGGCACUAAUAAUUAGUCUCGCCAAGGUUAGGGAAGAGAGAAGUUAUUUGCAAGGAACAAAAUUUUUUCUUUUAAAAUCUUUAUGGGAAAAUUGGAAUUUUACUACAUUGUGACAAGUAUCAUAAACCAUAUAAUACCUUUUACUGCAGCUUCAAAAAGGUGGAUGAUUGAAGCUCUUCUUAUUUCUCCUUUAAAUAACUUUUGAGAGUUUUUUUCUUUUACAAUUCUUGUAAUUACAUGUCCCCAUUUAGUUAAGCAGUGGUAUGAAUAUAUGUUGCUCUAAAGUGUUUCUCAGAAUUCUAAUAAGCAGUGAAAGACAACAUCCAGUAUUGUAAGUGUUAGCAAAAAUACUGUGUGUAAAUUAGUACGUCAUACAGAGUUUGGUACAUGUCUAAAUUCAUGCUCCUGUUUCAUUCUUACUUAAAACAGUUGUAUAUCAUAUUCAAGAGAGAAAUUAUAAUUUAGCUUCAUGGGGGGGCAGUACUAUUUUUCUUGGAAAAAUUAGAUUUGUAAGUAUUAUCUCUGUUUCAUAUCCACCCCUUUUAAAAAAUAACUAGUUAUUUGUUAUUGGAAACAUUUAGAACUUUGAAAUUAAAUUUGCAAAUAUGUUAAAUGUUUAUGUUUUCAUUACUUGCACUUUGAUUCACUAAUAAAACAUCUAAGUAGUCAACAGUCUUGCCAUAUUCCUGGAAAUUGUUUUAGACUUGUGAACUGUUAGACUGUUUUCCCCCCAAAAUUACAAAUUAAACUUUUAAAUUCAAGAGCCUUUUUUUAGUGUGAAGGAAAGUAUCACAAUUUUAUGUUUAUCUCACCUUCCCAGCCCUCUCUGAGUGUACUUUUGCAAGUAUCUGAGCACAAAGAAAAGUAACAAAUGCCCUAUGGAUUCUGUGCUUAGUAAAUAUAUUAGGCCUGAAUACCUUUAAAAUUCAUAUGCAUUUGUUAUAGCAAAAUUUGAUUAUUUAAAAUUUUUUAUUUAGAGUCAGUGUAGGUAUUUUCCAUAAGGACUUCAUAUUUUUCUCUGCUGCCUAAAUGGGUAUUGCCGUAGCUUUUUUUGUGGGGAUGAAGUUCAAGUCAUAGUUAAUAGAAAUUUUUUAGUUUUACUUUUUUUGUCCCACAGCAUAGACUUUUGUUGUUGUUGUUAUUUGGAUAAUGGUUCAAUAAAUCUUAAGCUCAUAUAAUUUAAACACUGUUUUGAAUCUUAACAAAAUGAGACUUUUUUUUUGUAUUGGGUGGUAUCAACCUAUAUGUACAAUGAAGUUAAUAAAUUUAAGUAUUAACAGAUUUUUUGCGCAUUUUAGCUCAAUAAAGUGUGAAUCAGUUCCAUAUUUUCUUUAUCCAUAUUUGGAAAUUUAGUUUUGUAUAAUCAGUGUCUUACCUUUUUGAUACAAUAGAUAAUGUUUUGUUUUAAUAAAACAAGAAACACUUUUAUCUUAUGUUCUUCAGGGAAGGGAUUCACAUUUAAUUCUGUUUGUUUACAUUUUUUUAUCACUGUUAUCCAAUGCCCAUUUUAUGUUACUUUAUAAGUAAGCUUACAUGUAACAGAACAAGCAUCUAUUUGUGUUACCUACAUGUGACUAUUUUACUGUCUAGUCCCGUCAUUUAACAUUAUGCUGAAAUUUACCACUGUGGGGAUGAGUGAUCACUUUUCACCAAGCAUAUUUAAACAUUUAAAUGUUCAAGAAAUAAUAAUAAGGAUAUAGUUUGGGUUAAUAGGAUUACCGUAGUUUUUUCCCCCUAGGAAAUAUAAAUGAUUUUAGUGUAUUUCUUAUGGAAUGCACUCAUGAAAAGGACUUUAAAAAAUUGUGGAUAAUGAAUAAUACAUUUCUCUAAUAAAAAUUUAAAUUGUAUAAUAGUUUUAUAAUAAAGUAUUUACAUUAAUUGAUAUUUUAAUAUGGAUGAAGUUACAUAGAUUCAAAUAAAUUAAAAUUGAUAUAUGCUAAAUAUUUUAUCUGAAUGGUUUUUCAAGAAACAGUUGUGAAAAUGUGUGUAUUUUUUAAAUGACUGUAACAUGGAGCAUGUUGUAUUUUCAACUCAGUAUUCGUUAUUUGUUUUAUGUGUCUGGAAAUUGUACUUACUAUGCCUCUUUACACUACAAUUUGCUGUUGUGGGGCUUCAGAUUGUGUUCAACUGAAUAAGAUCUUGUUUUUUAUGAUUUUAGUUGAGUAUAAUUUACUAUUUUAUGAUUUCCAAGAUGAUGUUCUUCAUAUCUCUAUACCGUAUACACAUCAAAUUUAUAAUUAACUUGAGAAGAUAGAAUUAAUUUUCAGAGAUAUCUCAGUUGCGAUUUUCUUGUUUCAUGCAACUGGAAACAUAUUUGUUUCUAGGACUUGGAAUAUUAAAGAUGAUGUAGGAUGAAAGAAAAUGGUAGAAAAAUGAAAGAAUUUUAUUUGUGAAAUUACAGAAAUUUUGUCCACUAUUUUAAAACAUUGUCAUCAUUUUAGUACCAUUUGCUCUUAGUAGUUUGGCAUUUGAUACUUUAAAACUUGAUUUGCUUUAAAAAUUGUUUACAAUGCUUUGUAAUAAUCUUCCUUAUCCAGUGCCUUUAACCUUGAUUUGAUAUAUUUGUAGCCUUGGUUAUCCUUCCAUUACAUCCUGUAAUGUCUUCAUAGCCUAGACUUCAAUUAAAAAAAGUCAAUUUGGUCAUGUAAAGAGGAUGCAAUUGUCUAUUAAUGCUUUAGGAAAACAAGUAAUGUUGUGUAUGGAGGCCAGGCAUCUUAGUUCAUUCAGAAAUAUAAAUGUGACAAACAUUUUUAACCCCUGAAUACAUAGUUGUGAUCCAAUCAGACAAAGCCCUAACCAUUUCCGGCAUUCUCUCUAGAUGGGGGUGGGUUGGGGGCUAAAUUAAAAUAGAGUUAUGGAGAAAUGCUGAUUUAAAGAUAAUAAAGUUAACUAGCAUUCAACUUUGUGUAAAGAUAAGGUAAUAAUUGAGUUGAGGUGAAGCAACUAACAAUAUAUUAAAGAGGUUAAAAAUAAUACUUUGCAGCAUUGUAACCUCUAUUUGACAUUUGAGUUCAGGUAAUAAUUAUAGAUAGCAUUAGAAGGCCUUAAUUUUUCACUUUUGCUGGUAAAGGUACGUUUACUUAGACCGUUCAUGUAGAAUAGUGUUUUAACAUAACAUUACUGUGAAAAACAUUCCAUUACAUAUUCACAAGCAAAUUACUGCACAUUUUAAAAAUUGUACUUUACAAUUUACUGCAAAUAUUUUAGGGCUCAAUCUUCAAAUCAUUUGUAUUUUAAAUUUGGCAAUGAAUAUGAAAUUACUUUUUUGACUUACAGAAUGAUUGUAUUGUUACUUAAAAUGCUCGUUAAUAUUUUAAGAAGGUUGGAGUCUCCAUGUUUCUGGAGUUAAUAUUUAAAUUCUUAUUACUUAUUUUGAUAGUGUUUAGUAAGAGGAAAUAGUACUCAUGCGAUUAAACAAAUUAGAAUAUACUGUAAAGAAUAUUUUUAAUUGUUAAAUUUGUCAUCACUGAGGUUAAAUUUUGGCCUGGUAUUCACUUACAAUAUAUAUUAACAUGUUUAAUUAUGAAGUGAAAUAGUCUUAAGUAUGAUGUAUGAUGCACCUGCAUAUAAAUGGAUAUGGUGUGCACAAAGACACUUUACUGUGGGAAUUGAACUGGAAGAUAUAUGAAAGCAUGUGAAAUUGCACCUAAAAUUGUGUUAUUAGUGACUAUGCUAAAUUUAUUGUACUUGAUGAAUGAAUGUAUUUAGUCUAGUCAAAGUUACUUUGGUUUAAAUGUCUAAACAAUGUCUUUUUUAAAAAUGUGUUUGUAAUUUGUACUAUUGAUGGGGGUGGUUCUUGGACUGCAGGGGUUGUCAAUGUGUGAUUUGUGUUUUUAUUUUAUAGAAUCAUCUAAUGUGAUACACCGAUUUUUAUAUAAGUGAUAUUUAGAUAAUUCUAAUUACUGUAUAUUUGACAGCCUAUUAAAAUGUUUUGCAUUGGA